AUGUCUACCACUAGGAACCAAACAGACAAAUCUCCUGAAGUUGUUGAAACGGUGCAAACUGACGGGUUUGAACCAUUGCACAGCAGUGAUGUGCCACCCCAAAAACAGUACUACACUUAUGAUGCUGAAGCUAGACGCCAUCGUUUAGAUGGAGGUGUUAAACUUAGAGAUGCCUUGAUGAUUCUUUGUGCUGGGUUUGCUUUGAUUUCCGAUGGGUACCAAAACAAUGUCAUGUCAAUGUUGAACAAGGUAUUUGCUAUAGAGUAUCCCAAAGUAUAUGAUACCAAUUUGUCAACUCAAGUUUCCAAUGCUUCCCUAGUGGGUACCAUUUUUGGUCAACUUGUCAUCGGAAUUUGUGCUGAUUUGAUUAGUAGAAAAUCUGCCAUUAUUAUUGCCACCUGUUUCUUGAUAUUCGGUAGUGCAUUGUGUGCUGCUUCUCACGGUAAAACUGUAUUGGGUAUGUUUUGGAUGUUGACGAUUAUGAGAGGUGUCACUGGAUUUGGUAUUGGUGCUGAAUACCCUUCAAGUUCAGUCACGGCAAGUGAGGCAGCAAAUGAAUCUGUCAAGAGAAGAGGUAUGGCAUUUAUUUUGGCAACAAAUGUGCCAUUGGCAUUCGGUGGUCCAUUUGCAUCAAUAAUUUUCCUUAUUGUCAACAAGAUCACUAAGACGCAUUACGAUGCCUUGUGGAGAACCAUGUUUGCCAUUGGAUGUUUCUGGCCAUUAUCAGUCUUUUAUUUCAGAAUGAAGAUGGUCACCAGUGUAUUGUUCAAGAAGAAUGCUAUAAGGCAUAAACCACCAUAUUGGUUAGCCCUCAAGUAUUAUUGGCCAAGAUUAUUAGGAACUACUGUGACUUGGUUUUUGUAUGAUUUUGUAACUUUCCCCAAUGGUAUCUUUUCUGCCACCAUUAUUUCCAAUGUUAUUUCCGAUACUAGUGAUUUGGAAAAAAUCGCUGAAUGGAACUUGUUGCUUGGUGCAAUUGCUUUACCAGGAUGUUUUGUUGGCGCUUAUAUUGUUGACAAAAUUGGAAAGAAGUACACCAUGUUGAUUGGAUUCAUUGGGUACAUUGUAUUUGGACUCAUUGUUGGUAUUGCUUAUUACAGAGUCAAGAAAAUUACGGCAUUGUUUAUCGUUCUUUAUGGCUUGAUGCAAAGUUUUGGUAAUGCUGGUAUGGGAAAUGUUUUGGGACUAGUUUCAAGUGAAUCAUUCGCUACUCCAGUCAGAGGUACUGGUUAUGGUAUCAGUGCCAUUAUUGGUAAAGUUGGUGCUGUUUGUGGAACUAAAGCUUUCGAUCGUGUGUUGACCAUUGGUGGUUCAAAAGCCAGUGGUCAGAGAUACACGUUCAUUAUUGCUGCUUGUUGUGGAUUGUUGGGAGUUAUCGUUACCUGGAUAUUCAUUCCACACUUGAAGACUGAUGAUUUAUUGGAAGAAGAUGUCAAGUUUAAAAAUUAUCUUAGAGAACAAGGUUGGAAUGGAACUAUUGGUCUCAAAGAGGAAAAUGAUGAGGAGAACUUGGACAGCUCUGAGGAUUCUGAUGUUGUUGAAUUGCAAGAACAAAAGCCAAUUGAGUAUAAGAGCAAUAAGUAG